UCUUUCCCGAUAUGUAAAAGGACAACUUCUUUAACUACGAUGCCAUAACGAUUUCAAUAAUAUUGAAUAAUUCCGAAAACUGAUUAUUGAUUCAUCCUUGUUUUCGAAUCCUUAACAAUUGAACGUAUAUUUAUUUUGUUAAAAAAAAAACUAUGAGAUUCUUAUCGUUUUUAUAUCAGAUUAAGGUUUAGUCUUUAAAAUUUCAUAGUUUUAAAUUAUAAAAAUCUUAAAAGGUAUUUUUGUAUCAAAAUUAAUCCCAAUUACCACACGUCAGCUUAAAAUGUUUUCUAGGUCAACCCUCUUUAGGUUGAAAGUUGGCACGUGUGACCUUUGUAGUCUAUGAAUCACUUGAACAAUAACUCCACGUUUUGGCUUCGAGCUUCAAUGGCGGCUCUCUCAGCCUUCAAUCUCCCGCGCAAUCUGCAACAGAUCCGCUCAUUCAUCAACGCGAGGGUCAAAUGGGUUCGCGAUCCGUUCCUGGACGAAGCCGUUCAACGAGAGAAGAAUCUCAAGCAACUUAUCUCUCUCAAGGAUCGAAUAAUCUCUUCUCCUUCAAAAUCUCUCCCUCUCUCUUCCCUCUCUCCCCUCAAACCUCUCGUCGGCCUCCCUGAAUCCGCCGCAUCGUUUUUCCGGCGAUACCCUUCCGUUUUUACUACAUUCCAGUCUUCGCCGUCCCUUCCUCUUCACGCCCGACUCACUCCACAGGCCGUCGUAGUUCACAAGGAAGAACAAGCGGUUCACGACUCACUGGGUCAUCGGAGCGACGUCGUUCGGAGGUUGACGAAGCUCUUGAUGCUCACGAGAGCUGGGAAAUUGCCUCUGUACGUUGUAGAUAGAUUCAGGUUCGAUUUGGGUCUCCCCCACGAUUAUCUAACAUCGUUAAUCGGCGAUUACCCAGAUUAUUUUGACGUGGCGGAGAUCGACGAUCACUUGACCGGUGAAAAGACGCUUGCUUUGGGGAUUGUUUCAUGGAGAAACAACCUCGCAGUGUCGGAAAUGGAGAGUAGAGAGGCGUUGAAUGGUAAGUUUGGGUUGAAGAAAGGACUGCGCAUAAGGUUUUCGAUGAAUUUCCCCAAAGGGUAUGAUUUGGAGAAAAGGGUGAGGAAUUGGGUGGAUCAAUGGCAAGAUCUUCCCUACAUUUCGCCUUACGAAGAUGCAUUUCACUUGGGGCCGAGCAGCGAUCAGGCGGAGAAGUGGACGGUGGCAGUGCUAUAUGAGCUUCUAUGGCUACUGGUUUCGAAGAAGACGGAGAGAGACAAUUUGCUUUGCUUGGGGGAUUAUUUAGGGUUCGGAACGAGGUUUAGGAAGGCUUUGAUGCACCAUCCCGGGAUCUUUUACUUGUCGAACAAGAUCCGGACGCAGACCGUUGUGCUAAGAGAGGCUUACAGUAAAGAUUUCUUGAUUGAGAAGCAUCCAUUGAUGGGUAUGCGGCAUAGGUACAUUCACCUCAUGAACCAGUCGGAGAGUUUACGAAAGCGAGACCUUAUUCAUGGAGUUAUUCGGGCGAGAAAAAGGUCUUUGGAUGAAUACAAGGGAAUAGAGCAGCGAGGGAAAUAUCUUCACGUCUUCCAGUUCGCAUCACCUUCUCGAUGAAACCACAAACCUUCCGUGGUGAUUGACCCGAAUUGGUGCUCGACCCAGUUUGGAUCAGAGGAUAGAGAGCGCUACCGAUCUGAUCAUAUUAAGUUUUGCCGAUGAACAAAAGGAUAGUGAACAAUACCAGGCUUCGAAAAAAGCAAAGUCGCUGGAACGAGGACUUUGCUGAUAUGUUACGAUUUGUCCAGAUUCCGUGUCGGGCAUUGCAAGAUUUCUUCCCCGAGUUUGGCUUCAGAUUCAGUUGGCUGAUCAGACCAACCAUUGCAAGUUUCCUCCGCGAAAAGGUGUGGACGAAAAACAUGAAGGAUGUAGUGUACGGAAGCGAUGACUUCAUUCACAUCACGAUGAACCACGGUUUUGCCGGGCUCAACCUCACCUUAUGUAUCUGGACAUUUGAAACACCAUUUCUAUUCAGUUUUCGAAACUUAAGACCCGAACUACUCGAACUCAGAAUCAAACACCUCGAGAUCCCGGGCGUCCAACCCGUUUUCGCCGUGUACUAUGUAAUAUAUUUUGUUAUAGGUUUCAAACGUCAAACGGCUCCUCCGAUGUUGCCUGCUUAUAUGGUAUCAUAUAACAUAAUAUGCGACAGCACUGCUUUCGGGACAACUUGUGUUUCUUUGGAUCUGAAUCAUAAACUUCUAGCCUUUACUACCGCUACAAAUAAGAUCCAAAAGAUUGUGAUUUUCCUGUGUUUUGGCAAAAAUUCAGACUCAAAUCCAUUAUCCAAGCUUACAAAAUCACGUUUAUACAUAACCCUUUUGUAAUGGUUUUAUUAAUUGGAGGCCAAUCGGUCAAAUCUUUCUUACGGUCCUUUGGC